CACCCUGAGUAUCCUUUGAUAACUGUUUCCGCCUCUAGCCAGCUGGCUGAAUGAAUGAUGCGGAGGAUCUCCAUCAUUGCUUCUGCUUGAUAUAACAAUAAUAUUAAUUGAAUCUACCGUAGCUUUAUAUAUAUAUCACAAUGCAGACCCUCACACCGCACGUAUAUUGGGCACAGCGUCACGGAGACAUCUACCUGCGCGUAGAGCUGAGUGACGCUAAGAAUCUUGAUAUCUGCGUGCAAGACAACACCCUGCAAUUCAAAGCUCAGGGUCACGGAGCUAAAGGAGUCAAUGACUAUGAGUUCAGUCUGGACUUCCUGGAACCAGUAAAACCUGAGGUGAGUCACAGGUCGACCCAGCGCCUGGUAAACGUGACAGUGAGGAAGCUAGAGCAACGUUGGUGGGAUAGACUCACUCUGCAGGAGAGGAAACCUCUCUUCCUGGCGCCAGACUUCGACCGCUGGCUCGACGAAUCAGACGCAGAGAUGGAGCUUCAGGCUAAGGAAGAGGAGAAGAUUAACAAGGUCAGCAUCGAGUCAAGAAUCCGUAAAGACGCCUACCUGGGUCUAAAGAAAGGCUAUCUGUUCAUGUACAACCUGGUCCAGUUCCUGGGCUUCUCCUGGAUCUUUGUCAACAUGACCGUCCGUCUCUUCAUCCUGGGACAAGACUCCUUCUAUGACACGUUCCACACCAUUGCUGACAUGAUGUACUUCUGUCAGAUGAUGGCCGUAGCAGAGGUCAUUAACCCUCUAGUGGGUCUGGUCAAGACUGGGGUCUUCCCAGCUAUGAUCCAGGUGGUGGGUAGGAACGUUAUCCUGUUUGUGAUCUUCGGUAGUCUGGAGGAGAUGCAGAACAAAGCAGUGGUCUUCUUCGUCUUCUACCUCUGGAGCACCAUCGAGAUCUUCAGGUAUCCAUUCUACAUGCUGGCCUGCAUCGACACAGACUGGAAGCUGCUGACCUGGCUCAGAUACUCCAUCUGGAUUCCCCUCUACCCUCUGGGGGUCCUAGCAGAGGCUAUAGCUGUGAUCCAGUCCCUGCCCAUCUUCGAUGAGACCCGUCUGUACAGCAUCCCUCUACCUACGGUCCUGGGCUCGUCCUUCAGCUUUUCCUACACUCUGAAGCUCUACCUCGCCCUCAUGUUCCUCGGCCUGUUCAUCAACUUCCGCCACCUGUUUCGCCAGAGGAGGAGACGACUGCGCUCCAGGAAGAGGAAGAUGGACUGAGGGACGGAAAGACCAACCUCACCAUGUCUCCAGUCUCACUGCUGGUUGCCUUCUCCUCUCCUCUCCUCUCCUCUCCUCUCCUCUCCUCUCCUCUCCUCUUCUCAC